AUGCCUGUCCAAUCCAAGCUUGAGUCUGCCAUCAGCACACUGUCGUGGGAAAACAUCCCACGCUAUCUUGCUGCUUUGGUUGCGCUGACGUACAUAAUUCCUGGCCCUAAACUUGCCGCCUUAUCAAACCUUGCAUAUAUUUACCACACGUCUAACGGCACAGAAGUCUCCUGGGCCAGAGAGCUACAUGAAAAAUAUGGCGAAGUAGUCCGGUGUGCCCCCGAUAGACUGAGCUACAUUAGUCCUCAAGCAUGGAAGGACAUCACUGGCCACCGCUUGGGAGGACGUCCAGAAAUCAGCAAGGACAUGAAGAAGUUCUACGUCUAUGAACAGAAUGGCGAGCCUAGCAUCAUAUCAGAGCCAUUAGCACAAGGCCACGGCCAGGUCCGCAGGAUAUUCUCCAACGCAUUUAGUGACAGGGCCUUGAAACUUCAAGAGCCACUCAUCCAGGAGCAUGCCUUGGCCGCAGAUCAAGACGCUCGUCUUGACAUGGUAAAAUUGCUCAACUUUACAACUUUCGAUAUCAUGGGAGAUCUUACCUUUGGCGAGACUUUGGGCAUGCUGGAUACGGGCGAGUAUACGCCAUGGGUCCGAGCAGUCUUUCAGGGUAUCAAAGCCGGUGUCCUCUUGCGGAUUCCAAUGUUUUACCCUGCCUUAGCGGCCCUGAUCAAAAUCUUGCUACCUCCAUCUAUAAAAGGGAAACAGAUGGAACACUUCAUGCACUCGGCCGAACGCGUGGAUAAACGGCUCGCCAAAGGCCCCGACAUUGGCAAAUCAGAUAUCUGGAAGCUUGUACUUGAAAACCCGAAAAUGCAAUUGCCUCUCCCAAAGAUGCAUGCGAACGCGUCAAUCUUCAUGAUUGCCGGUACCGAAACCACCGCCACUUUGCUAAGCGGACUGCUCUAUUUACUUCUUACCAAUCCUGAUAAGAUGAAGAAAGUCGUCACCGAAUUGCGGGCUCUACCAAAGGAAGACCUAUCACUCGAAAUAUUGCCACGUCUGGAAUAUCUGAAUGUGUGCUUUGAAGAGGCUCUUCGAUACUAUCCACCAGUACCUAGCGCUCUACCUCGAGUGGUGCCCAAAGGCGGUGCCGAGAUAUGUGGCGAAUGGGUGCUUGAAGGGACACGUGUUGCGAUAGCACAGAAGGCUGCUUAUAGCUCUCCUCUCAACUUUAAAGAUCCCGACAAGUUCGUUCCUGAGCGAUGGCUACCAGGUACCGGAUACGAAACAGAUAGGAGAGAAGUGUUCCAGCCAUUUUCUUUUGGGCCACGCAACUGCAUAGGGAAAAACCUUGCCUAUCACGAAAUGCGCAUCAUUGCUGCUAUGCUACUGUGGCACUACGAUUUGGAGCUAUGCCCAGAGAGCAAGAACUGGAUAUACCAAAAGAGCUACGUUAUAUGGGAAAAACCAUCGCUCAUGCUCAAGCUUAAGCCCGUCCGGUCUUAA